AUGAGCGGAUAUCAACCGUACAGCAAUUACACCUCUGACGGGACCGGGUACGGCAACUACAAUGGAAACGAGACAUCCAGUUCUCAGACACGAUCUGCUGUCACUCAGUCUCUCAUUCCGGUCACUAUAAAAGAGAUCAACGAUGCCAGCCAGUCUGGACCAGAUGCGCCUUUCCAGACCCAUGGGCUAGAACUAUAUUACGUUGCCUUUGUGGGUAUCAUCAGGGAACUCGAUGCAUCUCAAGCUCAAUCAACCAUGUUGAAGAUUGAAGACGGAACAGGAAUGGUGUCGGUGAGAAAAUGGAAUGACGAAGAAGGGAAUGAAUCAGACUCGUUUGCGAUCGGCGAAUAUGUUAAAGUGGUGGCCACCAUCAGGGAAUUUUCGGGCAAGAAACAGAUUCAGACACAAACAGUCCAAAAAAUCAAAGAUUUCAACGAGAUUCCCUACCAUUUCCUCAGUGCCAUCAAAAUCUACCUUGACAACUCAGGAUCGACGAUAGUUGGAAAACAUUCCAAGACUGAAAAUGGGGAUAGUUCUCUUUUUGUUGGCAAUGGAAGUGGUGAUGGCGCAAACUCUCCUCUUGAAAAGAUUUUUGAGUUCGUUCAGGAAAACAGUGCUGUGAUGACCGACGGUGUUCCUCUUCAGCUUAUUGCACAGAAUUUCAACAUUUCCAUUGAAGAGGCAGAGUCCAAGAUUGCCACUUUGGUUGACGAUGGCAGAAUCUACAAUGGCUCCGACGACACUAAUUUCUUGGCUGUGUAAGAUACUUUUUACGUUCGCGAUAUGGUUUUUGACAUUUACUCGCUCUUAUUUUUUGUCAUGUAGUCAGUCACUCUGGAUGUGCCACAAUAGAAUCCACCAACUCGCCAGACUUCGCUGCAAAAAAACUUGCCCAUAACUCAUCGUUGGAAACAACUUCGCCGCCGCUGACCUUUUUAUCAACAAGACCGUUUAAUGUUUUGGAUAGCUCUGUGGCAUCCACCAAGUCAUCGUCCAAGUAUUCAACAGUAGAUUCUGGAUGGCUUCUUCUGCGCACAAGUUCCAUCCUCUUUUUGGUUGAGAGAAUAGCAAUAGACUCCUCGACAGAGUUUUCAAUGACAAAGUUCCAAACUUUGGUCUCUUGAGACUGGCCAAUUCGAUGAAUUCUACUGAUAGCUUGCAGCUCCAAAGGCAGAUUGACCAGCGGCUCGCACAAGAACACAUGAGACGCGUUCGUGAGAGUAAGACCGGCAGCCUGCGCCUUAGCAUUUAAGAGGAAACACGUGAUUCGCGGAUCUCUCUUAAAUUUGUCAAUCUCCUUGCUGCCAAACGUGCUUCUUCCCUUCUUAAUAUUAGGUUCACCAUUGGUCACAUCUGACGAGGACAGAAAACUGAUGCCAUUUUGACGCAACGCUCUUCCCAAGAAUUUAAGAAAGUCUGUCCAUUGUGAAUAAACAAGAAUCUGAACAUCUGGCUCCAUCUGUUUCAGGUAAAUUAUCUGUCGAACAAUCAUGUCCACCUUGGAGCCAUAAUUUUUCUUUAGUUCAAUUGACGAAAUUUCUUUCAGCAUUGUUGGAUCUAAAGACUGGUAAAGUCGGGAAAGAUCUCUGUUGACCUCGCUCUUCGGCUUUGACUCUGUUGAAUCUUGUGAGUCUGGCAUCAUCCCUCCUUUCAAUUCCUUCCGAGUGACGGUGAAUGAAUACAGAUCGGAAGCAUACAACCGUUUUUUGCACAUUGGACAAGUAGGAUGCAGUCUCAUCCACUCUCCCAGACAAUCUUUGCAGAAUUGAUGGCCACAUGUUGUGAGGGUACCCACUAUUAUGGAGGAACGACAAAUAACACACAACUUUUCAUUUUUGGAUUCUUUUUCAACGUCCUCGGAAGAUUCGUCCAUGAUACUAUUCAAGUAAGUCAUUCUGACUUUACUCGCACGCACUGAAUCUUGCAUAGCCCGGAUCUCUAAGGCUAAACCUCGUAGAUCCUGCUCUGCCUUUUCUAAAGGGGUCAUAUUAGGGGAGACAGCAGGUCUAACAGGAAGGUACUUAGCAACAAUAUCAGACUUCAUCUGCAACGACUUGAAAUAGGUAAUUUUUGAGUUAAAUGUAUCAUUUAGGAUUUCAAAGAGCUUGGUUCGGAGAUGCGCAAUAUUCUUUCUUUGCAAAUCAAACUCUUUCUUGAUCACUGGACUGAGACUAUUCAGGAACUCGUAAUCACUUGACAAAGUGUUGCCGCUUUCAUCAUACUUCUGAAAAUCAAGCACUAGAUUUUGGGCGUCUGUUGUUAGCGUCCGCAGGCAAAACUUUGAGUUGUAAGCCCCUUCAGGAAGAACAGCUCUUCUUAUUUUGUCCAGAUGAAGGUGGAGAUCAUAAUUUGUGGGCUGAUUCACAUUUAUGAUGAUCUUUUCCUUCGCAUUCUUUCCUCUUUUCUGAGCUGAAUCAUCAAAAGAUAUCAUUGCAUUCUCUCGGUCCUCAAGUAUCAACUGUAACUCUUCUAAAUAAGUAUGUGCAAGCUCUUGAUUUAUGAGAGAAGCACCGUAUUCUUCACCUGUAUUCUGAUUAUCGUCAUCCUUAGUGACCGGCUCCUUCAGCAGAUCUACCAAUUUAGAGAUCCAAACAUUGAUAAUAUGUCCUUGUAAAUCCAAAUCAGAUAUUGCCUUGAAAAGUCUCUCGUAGAACAUUUGUGCAUGCAUUGAAUGACCGUAAUUGUCACCCAAAUACACCGAUUCGGUAUUACAAACCUUCCAAAGGUCAUUUGGAAUGUCCAAAUCAAACUCUUUCAGGGUAGCAGCAUAUGUCUUCUUGUGUGCGUUAUUGGGAAAUUUGUAUUUCGAAUAUGUGCUGAUUUUAUCAAUAAGUUUGGUAAUUGCCUCAUUAACCUUGACAAUAGGCUCUUGAAGAAUCUGUGUGAGUAAAUCAUCUGCCUUUUUGUAAUAUUCGUUUUCAAUCUGGUAAUGCAUUUUCUCAUCUUCAGAUAGAGUAUUCAAGUCCACCUCUUCAACGGGAUUUAGAACAUCUUCCUCAACAUCAGAAACAUGUCCUUUGCUAUUGAACGCAUCUGGCAUUGGCCGCAUGGGCCGAUAAUGCUGAUAAUGCGAAGAGGCAUAAAGGAAGUAAGUUUGGUACAGGAGUUCCAACCACGACCGCAACCUGGCGUUGUUUUCUUCACCUGACUCUUGGAGUUCCUUAAUUUUCAGCUCAAUGUCCGGAAUUAUCAUUUCAUAUAUCUCCAUAGACUUCUCCGGAAGUCUCAAAAACUCAUAGAUCUUUCCUCGUCUCAACUGCAGGCUGUAUAUGUUUCUUUCGCCCGAUACAUACUCGUCAAAAGUGCUUUUCUUGAGAUUGGAAAGAACAUCGUCCAACGUUCCCAAAAUCAUGCCUGUUUUGUCGCUUCCGUUAUCGUCACCAAAAAAUAUCCCUCCUAGUCUACGCCUAUUGCUGGAGCUCGAUCCCAGCUGAGCAUGACAGCACACCUGACGCAGCCUAAUCAGCCAAUGGCGCAUUGUAGUAUAAUAUCUUGCUGGAUCGUAGUCAUCAACUACUGGUUCGCCUAGUUCAUUAAGUCCCACUUGGCGAAGGAAGUUUGCAAACAGGUUAUCAUAAUUAUCACGUUCAAUGACACUGAAUGGCAUCCGGAGCAAAAUUCUCCUUUGUUGAGGGAGCUUGAUUUGGUCUGCCACCAUUUUUUUCGUGUGACGAAGACAGAUCGUUUUGAAAAGCCUCUGGAAUUGGAAAUAUGGAGCUUCUGAUACUAUACUGAGCCACGGAGAAGUCUCCCCGGUAAUCGAAUAUAAGUCAAUGGGGCUCAGCCUCAAGAAACUUAAAAGGGAGUAAAGAUCAUUUAGGUUAUUCUUGAUCAGCGUUCCUGAAACACCCCAAGAGUGUACGCGAGGAAUGAUCCUUGCAAAUUUCGAGGCAUUUGUAGCCAUGCUUGCAGUCAUUUGCACUUCAUCAAGGACAACUCUCCAGAACUCGCAUAGCAUCAGCGGCGAGGAGUAGUCCGUCCUUUCGUAUUGUGUGUCCUCAAAUUCCACCUCAUCAGGCUCCCACUUGACUCCUGGAGUUUCCUUGUCAUCAGCGCCCCCAUGCGCAAGCUUUAUUCUCUUGGCACACUUCCGUGUAGGUCUUGAAACAGGCUUGAAGAUGGCCCUAUGAAGUUCUCGCGAAACUGUAUGAUAAGAUACGAGUACUAUGUCAUGUUCUCGAAUCUUGGCGGCCAUAUCAGAAGGUGUGAGUCUCGUAUUUGAGCUCUCGGCUUCCCUCUCAUAGUUAUAAAUACCCUCGUAUAUCAUAACUUUCAAAGAUGUGGAAAUGUCCUCAAUUUCCUGUCUCCACUGACCGAUGAUGGACUGCGGACAAAUUAUUAAGGUAGUUUUGGCCUCCGUAAUGUAUCUUCC